ACAGUCAGAAAUGCAACUUCAAACACAACGGACUAACAAAAGCGGACCCAGUUGGGUGCAUCUAUCAAUUGGGUUAGUGUUAAUGAUGAAUUCAUCAUGCCUUGGUCAAUAUGCAUCACUAUAUGGCAAUCAACAGGCUUAUGGCCAUAAUCUAAAUCAAUAUGAGCUCAUAUAUGCCCAACAACAACAGCAGCAACUGCAACAGCAGCAGCAACAACAACAACAACAACAACAACAAUAUGAAGCGGCAGCUCAAUCCAUUUGGUCAGGUGCCCCAAUUGUGGUCAGUGACAAUGCGAAUAACUAUUUGGAACAACAGUAUCAAACUCCUAUAGAUUCAUCAUCAUUAUCAGCAGCAGAUAGAAGGCAACAGCACUCCAUUUGGGGGGUAGACCCAAGAGCACCACCACCACCCAGGCCAAUCCCAAUCCCAACACGUGCUGCCAAUCAUAAUUACGACAAUGUGUCAGGCUAUGUUCCUGGUUACUUUUAUCAGCCAGUGCCAAGACCAACAGCAACACCAGCACCAAUAGAAGCCACAACAUCAUCCUCGCAUCAAUCAGAAUUAGUGCCAAGUGAAGCACGUCGUCGUUUGGAGCAGCAGCAGGAGGAUGAAGAGCAAAUCGUCCACAUAGGCGGUAGUCGUUCUUUGGCCACAAAUUACAAGAAUUACAACCGCAACUUCAUACAACCGCAACAACAGCAGCCUCAGGCAUUAAGUCAACAAGAGUAUAUAGCCAAAUAUUUACAACAUUAUGCCAACUAUGUGCGUAAAUAUCCGCAACGUUUGCGACCAAUCUACAACGACGACAAGUGAAUGAGACACUAAAAAUAUGCCAAGCAUUUGGGUCAUCCAUUUUCCAAAUAUAUGAAACGAAAUAAAUGCCACAUUAAAUAGUCUAA